UUUUAUAGCAUACAGCUCCUUAUGCAGCUCACUACUUUACAAGGACCAGCUAUACCGAAAUCACUACAUCACAUGUCAACAGUCAUCAGUCAAACUUGGUUUAUUGCCCUGAUGAUUUUCUUUGUGGACCAUCUUCACAGAAGAGAUGUAUAACUUAAACAGAACAUCUAAAAGUGUUCAAUGUCUUGCUAAAACCAAUUAAUGAGGGCAAGCUUAUCAGGAACUGAAUUAAAUCCCAAAGACUACAAAUGUGAAUAAAUAAAAUACAAGGUAAAUGUGACGUUGCAAUGUUAAUUUACCUACAGUACAGUGUGUGCAACCUACUCCUGGUGUAUUACACGUUGUCUUGGAGCCUUGGGAUUUAUGUUCAGCGUUAUGUAAUAUAACUCUGGAGGACAAAAGUCAGCUAAAUUAUACCUGUAAAGAGUCACAAGACAGACACCCAACAACAUCAUUGCAUGAUUUCUCUGUCUGUGCAACAACUGUAACCCUGAAGAGAAAAAACAACAUUUUAUAACGCUUGAAUACUGUUUGAACAGUACUACUGGGACUCCCCUCUGUCAUUCUAGUGCUUUUUCAAAUAAUUGUUUGGCAAACAUGACGGAUUUUGGAGAGAUCCUGAGGACCAUCGGUGACUUUGGAUUGUUCCAGAAGCUUAUUCUGUUUGGUCUCUGCUUUCCAAAUCUCAUCUUACCUUUCCACCUCGCCAGCCUGAUUUUUAUUGAUGCAGAUCCCAGUCGCCACUGUAACACAGACUGGAUCCUUACAGCUGGUCCUAAUCUAACCACAGAGGAGCAGCUAAAUCUGACUGUUCCUCUUGAGCUGGAUGGAACAUUCAGUAAGUGCCUGAUGUUUGUUCCUGUGGACUGGGACAUCAACACCAUCAGGGAGUAUGGACUCAAUGACACCACAGAGUGCCAGAGUGGAUGGGUGUACAACAAUCCAAUGUAUAAGGCCACCAUUGUAACUGAUUUUAAUCUUGUCUGUGGCAAAGCUAAUGUGGUGGGACUGGCACAAACAGUGUUCAUGGCAGGAAUUCUACUUGGUUCACUCUUGUUUGGGCCUUUUGUUGAGUCAUUCGGUCGUAAACGAGCAACUCAGAUUCCCAUGGUCCUCAUGUUAAUUUUUACUGUUACAACAGGGCUAUGUCCCAAUUUCUAUCUAUAUCUAGCAUCCCAGUUUUUGGUUGGCGUUGCAUAUGGAGGAUUUCGAAUCAACUGCAUUGUGCUAGCGACAGAAUGGAUUGGGGUGACCAAGCGUUCCUACGCCUCUUGUGUAAGUCAGCUUUUUGGUGGAAUUGGGCAGUGUAUCCUUGCUGGCACUAUCUAUUAUAUCCGUGACUGGAGAUUGGCACAGUUUGUCAUGGCUUCCCCAAUUGCAGUGGUGGUCAUGUAUAUAUGGUUUAUUCCUGAGUCAGCUAGAUGGUUACUGGACAGGGGGAAAACAGAGGAAGCAAAGGAGUUGAUUCUCAGGGCAGCAGCAAUAAACAAACGCCAAAUUCCAGAUACUUUGUUAGAAAAGAUAACUGAGAAAACAAGUGUGCAGAGGGGAGGCAUAUGUGUUCUCAUCAAAUCACCUGUACUCAGGAAGUAUUUCCUUACAAUUACAAUAGGAUGGUUUUCAUUAAAUCUUUCCUACUACUGCCUGUCAUUCAAUGUUGGGAACUUUGGCUUGGACAUCUUCUUGACUCAGCUCAUGUUCGGACUCACAGAGAUACCAGCUCACAUCCUUUGCAUCUGGCUGUUAGAAGUCGUGGGGAGAAAAAUAUCAUUGAUGUCUACCCUUCUGAUUGGUGGAUUUGUUUGCACACUUAUUCUUGUUGUUCCACAAGACAAUGCUAUUGUUAUUACUGCCCUUGCUACCACAGGGAGGUUCUUCAUGAACUGGGCAGGAUCAGUAUGUAAUGUCUAUGUCCAGGAGCUGUUUCCCACAUCAGUAAGACAAACUGCCACGGGUCUGGGCUCCAUAGCAAUUCGCGUUGCUGGAAUGCUGUCCCCUUUACUGAAUUUAUUAGUUAUGUUCCACUGGGCCAUACCCACCAUAGUCUACAGCAGUCUGUCAUUAGCUGGAGGGGCUCUUGUCUUUCUUCUUCCUGAGACUACAAGAACAGAACUGCCUGACUCAACUGACGAGGCCGAGGGGAAGAGAAAUGUGAUGACGAAGAAGAAAGGAUUUGUCCAUAUAGAGGAUAAUCCACAAUGUGUUAAGUCAACUAAGCUUUAAAUGACCAAACCCAUUUUCAAAAACGGUCUUAUUGCUUUGCUAGCAGUUUAUUACGUAAUUGACAAUCAAGUUAGUACAUAUGGGGUAUCAAGGCAGAUUGACAGAAAUCAUAUAUUUUUAUUUUAGAAACUAUUUCACAUAUCAUAUAUCACAUAAUAAAAGUGGUUGAUUAAACACAUUAUAGGUCAACUUUAUUUUUUUAUUAGAAUAACCAUUAAAAAUAACAUUUACACAAAAUGUGAAAAUACUUAAUGGCAUUAAAGUAAUUCACUGUU